AUGGCGAUGUUCGAUCCUCAAGGCUUGCUUUCACCGUUCACCGUUUUCGGCCGCAUGUUGGUUCAAGAUUUGUGGAGGACCGGCUGCGAGUGGGACGAAGAAAUCGACGAUGAAUCGUUCCAGAAGUGGACCCGUUGGACGAAAGUACUACCGAUGAUUGAAGAAAUCAGAAUUCCUCGGAGUUACUUCGGAGAUGCUGUAACAGACCAAAUCAAAGACCUCCAGCUGCAUGUAGUCUCUGAUGCAAGCAAAGGCGCUUACGGUUGUGCGGCCUAUUUUCGAGCUGUGAUAGGAGGAACAGUCCAGUGCGUGUUGGUAACCAGCCGAGUGAAGGUGGCUCCACUGAAACCAAUAUCGGUCCCGAGACUUGAGCUGCAAGCGGCAGUGCUAGGAGCCAGAAUAGCUUCUGCGGUACGAGACGGCCAUUCAUUGGAAAUAAGGCAGCGGUUCUUCUGGACUGACUCAACGACGGUGCUCUCGUGGAUCAGAUCGGAUCAACGCAAGUACAAAGAGUUCGUUGGUCUUCGUAUUGGUGAAAUACUUACCUGUACAAACCUGUCGGAGUGGCGCUGGGUUCCGACGCGGAUGAACAUCGCAGACCAGCUUACGAAGUGGACGAAAGAUCCUGAAGACGAAUUUGAGCGGGCUGAAAUCUGGUUGAUGCGGAUGGCACAGGUGGCUGCGUUUGACGACGAACUGAAAAUUCUGUUGAAGAACUCGGAACUUCCUACCGGCCAGUGGUUGGAGAUUGAGAAGUCUAGUUUAUUGUACAAACUUACUCCACUAAUCGAUGAAAACGGUCUUCUGCGUAUGGAAGGUCGAACUGGACCAGCAGAUUUUCUGCCGUUUGAUUUGCGUUUCCCCGUGAUACUACCCACGGAUCAUCCUGUAACCUGGAAAAUCGUCCAACACUACCAUGAGCGGUUCGGCCAUGGGUAUCGGGAAACUGUGAAGAACGAGUUGCGACAACGUUUUGCGAUCCCUAAGUUGAUUCGUGGUAGCCGUAUCAGUCUGACCGGAUUUGAUCUGCAAGAGGAAGUAAAACGGAUCUGA